AUGCCUAGGCAAGACGUUUUUCAUCUUCACCCUUUGGGGUGGGAAAAUGAUCCGGAGGAGGAGCGUUUCAAAGUCUCAACCCUCGACUACUUGACUGUUUGCACCUACAACAACUAUGGCCUUUUCUUUCAGGUGGAGGAUGCAGAUAAGGCUAGAGUCGCUGAUGUGCUGAAGACUGGUCUUGAACGUACUCUGAGCCAAGUUCGACAUAUCUGUGGUACCAUCGAGAAAGACCCUUCCGGUGGCCACUCAUUUGUGAAGAAGAAAGAUAGCACUGUACGCUUUGUGGUCCAAUGGCUAGAUUCAGAUUCACCAGAAGACAGCGCCUAUCCAACCUUUGACGAAAUUGCAAAGGGCAAUUUUUGUACUUCAGUACUAGGUGACCUCAACCGAUGGAGUAUCCCUCCGAUGACAUACGGCGAAAAACCAGAGGCUCACCCUGAUAGCAGCCCAGUGGUUGCAGCAUACAAGGUUAACUUCAUUCGGGGUGGACUGGUCUUCAUUAUGCACCAUCACCACUUCUCUAAUGAUGUCAUGGGUUGGGCUGGGCUCGUCCACCAGCUAGCUGAAAACUGCCAUGCAAUUGUCAACCAGACGCCCUUCCCCUUAUGGGACUCUGCAUGCCUUGAUCUAUCACGUCUCACAAAGCCCAUUGUGCCUGAAGGGUCUAUGAUCGAUGGCCCCCCUGCGCCUGAGCGUCAUCCUGAUCAUGUCGCGGCCGAAAUGCUGCUCUUCCACCUGCCUAAGAGUAAGGCAGCGGAGCUAAAGACACUCGCGACACCGACAGACGGAUCUUGGAUCUCCACAUACGAUGCAUUCUCCGCUUUCAUAUGGCGCACUAUUUCUCGGCUUCGAGCCCCUGUCUUUAAGCCAGAUCUAUCAGCCCCAUUAUUGUGGAUAGAAGCUAUCGAUAUGCGGCGACGGAUGCACAGCCCCAAGGUGCCCGCACGGAUGCAGCAUAAUGUUAUGACUGGAGCUAUCUCAUCCACUGCUCCAGUCACUGCACCUACAGUAGCAGAGGUCAUUUCUGAGUGGCCGCUAUCAAAGAUAGCUUCUUAUAUCCGCCAGCUGACCAACAGCAUUACACAGGAGGCUCUGGAUCAAAUGCUAGAUGUAGUAGCCACAGUUCAUGACAAGACAACGCUGAAUAUCCGCAUUGACUCGCACCCGCCCAUGUCAAUUCUCCAAACAGAUCAUCGCGAUGCCAAUAUUACAGGCGCUGAUUUCGGCUUUGCAAAGCCCUUUACGUACCGGCAUCUCAUCGACUGCUUGACACAGGGCGUCAUCAUUAUCUACCCAUCGCGUGACCCGUCUCCUGAAUCAGAUGAGGGCCCCGAGUUUUCAAUCUCUUAUGAGACGAGCGUGAAGCAGGCCCUGAUUGAAGAUCCAGAGUGGAACAAGUAUUUCGAAUACCGCGGUGUCGAUGCUAUUGACGCUCUCCAGCAAGAUUCCUAA